AUGCAAGUACGAAUCUACUGCAUCCAGAAAGGUUCCAGAGAAACCCAAUACGGAAACGUCACUGCCAAAGAACUACGGACUAAAUUUCCUGAGACCGCCGAAAGACGUCUACGAGAACUUACCCUGCUUCAUCAUUACACAACCAACACGAGCCGAACAGUAACAUUUACUAAUUCAGCCAACCCCGACCAAACUGCUAUCGAUAUCUUCACACAAAUUGUUCCUGAAAUCGCUCUAACAAACGAAGCACUCCUAUACUCUAUCUACUGUAUAUCAUCCCUCCACCUCAACAACCAAGCACCCUCAUCCAGUACCAAACCACCCACUCCCACCCCCAACACAUCUCUAGUAGACGCCUACACCUACUCGACACAACUCUCCAACUCCACCGCCACGACAUCCACCACCUCACCCCCCAAAACGCCGACGCCAUCUGUCUCACCUCCAGCCAUCUCCGCGUCUGCGCCUUCGCCAUGCUUCAAACCCGUUCUCUAUCCCCCUAUACUCCUCCCUCCGACUGGAUGA